AUGGCGAGCACAAACGCAUACCCUCCUGGAGGAACCUUCCUCGACACGUUCAAGAAAUCUUUCGCAGAUGUCCCCGUCGACAAGGAGAAAGACAAUGCCAUCUCUACGACCGAGUUUCUCGAAGCCGCCGAGUCAUUGACUACCCUUUUCGAUGUGCUAGGAUCAGUGGCAUUCACGCCCGUGAAGAGCGAUAUGCUGGGCAACGUCAAGAAAAUAAGAGACAGACAACUCGCGGCACCCGCUGAAUCCGCAACGCUGCAAGACCUCGUGCUCAACGAGCUGAAAACAAAAAAGCACACCGCGACUGAAGGGCUCGUGUGGCUUGUCCGAGGACUAGACUUCACCUCCAUCGCCCUAUCCCAAAAUCUGGCCGCCGCCUCCGAAGAACUCUCGACCUCCUUCCGCGCCGCGUACGGCACUACUCUGAAACCACAUCACAGCUUCAUGGUGAAGCCCAUCUUCAGCGCCGCGAUGAGCGCGUGUCCGUACCGCAAGGACUUUUACGCGAAGCUUUCCGGGGAGGGGGAUGAGGAGAAGGUGCAGGAGGAGUUGAAGACUUGGUUAGCUGCGCUGGAGAGGAUCAUUGCGAUUCUGAAGGGGUUUUUGGACAGGAAGGAGGCGAAGUGGUAG